AAUAGGCAAGCCGACGACAAAAUAAGUGGGAUCAAUAAGACCGUGUUUGGGUGAUUCAUAACAUUACUUCCUCUGCUCAAUGUUAAUUGAUUCUCCAUCUGCUUUCAAACGAAGAAGGUUCACUACCAUGGAUCCAUUGGACGCAGAAUCAUCCAAGGCAAAGCUUUUAGCUGCAAAAGAGAAGUUUGGACGAGAUAUCCGUGUUUUUGAAACGUCUAUUGCUUCUCAAACACAGAAUGAUUUUGCCAAUAGUGCAGAUGAGCAAGAUGAUUUUUAUGAAUUUACUCCAGAGGAUUAUUAUCGCAUAUUGGCAACAAAAAAGCAAGAUAAGUUUCUGAAGACUCGAAAAAUCCGAGAAUCAGAACAGGCUGCUCGCAGAUCAAGAAUAACCAAGGCUGUAAUUCGGGUUCGAUUUCCAGAUAAUAACACAUUAGAAGCUACAUUCCAUCCAUCAGAGACCGUUCAAAGGUUAUUCGAUCUUCUGAUGAAAGUGCUUGCUCGACCAGAACAGCCAUUUUAUUUAUAUACCACUCCUCCAAAGAAGCAAAUAAAGGAUUUGUCAGAGGACUUCUACUCUGCUGGUUUUGUUCCUGGUGCAAUUGUCUAUUUUUCAGAAAAUAUGCCAAAAGGCCAUGAUGGAACAGACGCGUCAGGUCCCUUUCUUAUUGAUGAAAUCAUGUCAUUGAAAGGCUUGGACCUUGUAGUUGAGCAAACAGGGAGUGUCCAACCGGCCGAGGCAAUGAGAGAAUCAGCUGCAGAAAACCCCUCCGCAGCUGUCCAAGAUCAAAAGCCUACAGAAAAGAAGGCAGUGAAACCAAAGUGGUUGAAAAUGUGACAUUUGGGUAUCUUUUUGCAAGCUAUUGCUAGCUAUGCAAGGAAUUUGUGAACUUAAAUGUUGUUCUGCUUACAGAGUAAAGCUUCAUCAUCCAGUUAUUUUGAUUGUAUA